CGUUCGUCUCUGGCUGCUGCUGCCUUGUUGCCGUGCACAAUAAAGAGAGCGCGUGUGUGUGUGUUAGUGCUCAUACCCCCCGUUUGCAUUUAUUCAAAUAGCCGCCCCCUCCACGAAAUCACACGACCUCUGCGGAAGGGUUCAGGAGGACAGACAAGUCAGCGCGAAGAGGGACGUUGUGGAAAAUAUAUGUCAGAGUGAAACCGCUGUUAUAAAUGUCCGAACUGCAGGCUGAGAAUUCACAGCCUCCUUGUAAACGUCCCCGCCUAGAACCUCCUGCUGUCAACGGCAAUACGAAUAUGGCUGCAAAUGGCUCUGGGCAGGACAUCGAUGAGUCGCUGUACUCAAGACAGCUCUAUGUCCUGGGUCACGAUGCCAUGCGGCGGAUGGCAUCAUCCGAUGUCUUGAUAUCAGGACUCGGGGGCCUUGGUGUAGAGGUUGCCAAAAAUGUGAUUUUGGGUGGUGUGAAGACUGUUACUCUACACGAUGUAAAAGAGACAAUUAUUGAAGACCUCAGCCGUCAGUACUUUCUAACUAAUGAGGACAUCGGCAAAAACAGAGUCACAGCAUGCUCUGAAAGACUGGCUGAACUGAACACUUAUGUACCAAUAACACCUGCCACAGGCCCCCUUACAGAGGAUUUCUUGAAGAAAUUCAGAGUAGUGGUGUUAACAGAUUCAACGUUGGAGGAACAGUUACGCGUGUCAUCUUUCUGUCAUGAUAACGACAUUGCAUUCAUCGUUGCCACAACAAAGGGUUUGUUUGGACAGAUCUUCUGUGACUUUGGUGAGAAUUUUGAGAUUGUUGACACCAAUGGAGAAAAUCCUUCCUCCGCCAUGAUUGCUGGCAUUACAAAGGAGGAAAACAGCGUUGUCACAUGUCUUGAUGAAUCUCGCCAUGGCUUUGAAGAUGGAGAUUAUGUCACUUUUUCAGAAGUGCAAGGGAUGACUGAGCUUAAUGGAUGUAGUCCUAUUAAGAUUAAGGUUCUUGGUCCUUUCACCUUUAGCAUUGGAGAUACUUCUGGUAACUCAGAUUACAUCCGUGGGGGCAUCGUAUCACAAGUGAAGGUUCCUCAGAAAUUGAAGUUCAAGUCUAUGGAAGAAGCUAUGCAAGCACCCGAUUUCAUUAUGACAGACUUUGCCAAAUUUGAUCGUCCUGCUAUUUUACACAUUGCAUUCCAGGCACUUCAUGAAUUUGAGAAACAAAAUAGUUCCCUCCCCAAGCCAUGGUGUGAUGAUGAUGCUAACAGUUUUUUGAAUUUAUUCACUGAAUUGAAUAAUGCUAGUGAAGCCAAAGUAGAGGAGUUUGAUGAAAAUUUAGUCAAGCAGUUUGCCAAAAUUGCCGCUGGAGGUUUGGCUCCAUUAGAUGCAUUUAUUGGUGGCAUAGUAGCUCAGGAAGUAAUGAAAGCUUGUUCUGGCAAAUUCACUCCCAUUCAUCAAUGGCUUUACUUUGAUGCUUUGGAGUGCCUUCCAUCUGACACCUCUGGCCUCACAAAAGAUAACUGUGCUCCAGUUGGUGAUAGGUACGAUACUCAAAUUGCUAUAUUUGGUCAAGAUUUCCAGAAGAAACUUGGUAGUCUGAAAUACUUUGUUGUUGGAGCUGGUGCUAUUGGAUGUGAGUUACUGAAGAACUUUGCCAUGUUGGGAGUAGGUGCUGGAGAGGGUGGUUCCCUGGUGGUCACAGACAUGGAUCUUAUUGAGAAGAGCAAUCUUAACCGACAGUUCUUGUUCCGUCCAUGGGAUGUACAAAAACCCAAGUCUGACACUGCAGCAGCUGCUGUGAAGAAGAUGAACCCUCAAAUCAAUGUCAUUGCUCAUCAGAACAGAGUUGGUCCAGAAACUGAAAGAGUUUACGAUGAUACUUUCUUUGAACCUCUUGAUGGUGUUGCAAAUGCUCUUGAUAAUGUGGAGGCACGUUUAUACAUGGACAGACGGUGUGUGUAUUAUAGGAAGCCUCUUUUAGAAUCUGGUACCCUUGGCACUAAAGGAAAUGUCCAGGUCAUUGUACCACACUUAACAGAGUCAUAUGGUUCUUCUCAAGAUCCUCCUGAGAAAUCUAUUCCUAUUUGUACACUAACUAACUUCCCAAAUGCUAUUGAACACACUUUGCAAUGGGCCAGAGAUGAAUUUGAAGGCGAGUUUAAAAAAGCAGCUGAGAAUGCUGCUCAGUACCUUAUUGAUCCCAAGUUCAUGGAGAGGGCAUUAAAGUUACCCGGUUCUCAGCCAAUUGAAACUCUUGAUAGUAUACAGCGUGCUCUUGUAGAGGAGCGGCCAUGUUCCUUUGAAGAGUGUGUUCAGUGGUCAAGAAAGCGUUUUGGUGAACAGUUUUACAAUAAAAUAGUACAACUAUUGCAUAAUUUCCCCAAAGACCAAACUACCUCUAGUGGGGAGCCUUUCUGGUCUGGUCCUAAGAGAUGCCCACAUCCAAUCCGGUUUGAUGUGAAUAAUGAUUUGCAUCUAGAUUAUAUUGUAGCUGCUGCUAAUCUUAAAGCUGAGGUCUAUGGUAUACCACAGGUGAGAGAUCGCCAAAAAAUUGCAGACAUUGUUAGUGGAAUUGAGAUACCAGUGUUUGUGCCCAAAUCAGGUGUCAAGAUUGCAAUCACUGAUGCUGAGGCUGAGGCACAAAAUAAUCAAGUAGAUACUGAGAGACUUUCUAAUCUUCAACAAUCUAUUCCUACUGCAUCCAGUUUCAAUAAUCUGAGAUUAUCACCUCUAGAUUUUGAAAAGGACGACGAUGCUAACUUCCAUAUGGAUUUCAUUGUUGCCACAUCUAAUCUCAGAGCUGAAAACUAUGAUAUCCCUCCUGCUGACAGACAUAAGAGCAAGCUCAUUGCAGGUAAAAUUAUUCCAGCCAUUGCCACAACCACAGCAUUAGUAGCAGGAUUAGUAUCAUUAGAGUUGAUCAAAUUGGCCCAAGGCCAUAAUAAAUUGGAAAGCUUUAAGAAUGGCUUUAUAAACUUGGCUCUUCCAUUCUUCGGUUUUUCAGAGCCCAUUGCUGCACCAAAAAAUAAGUAUUACGAUAAGGAAUGGACUCUGUGGGAUAGGUUCGAAGUUGAUGGAGAAAUGACCUUAGAAGAAUUCAUCAAGUACUUUGAGGAGAAGCACGAGUUAGAAAUUACCAUGUUGAGCCAAGGAGUUUCUAUGCUGUAUUCAUUCUUCAUGCCACCAGCCAAAAGAACUGAAAGGAUGGCCCUUCCGAUGUCUGAGGUGGUAAAGAAAGUCAGCAAGAAGAAAAUUGAACAGCAUGUUAGAGCACUGGUGCUUGAAGUAUGUGCAAAUGACAAGGAUGGUGAAGAUGUUGAAGUUCCAUAUGUGAAGUACAAUCUUCCUCAGUGAAUUUGUAAUUAAUAGCUAUUAAUGCCAGUACUUGAGCACCCAGGAGAUAUCUAGGUAUUGGCUCUCUUGCUUUCACUUGAGUGAUCAGUGGAUUAUGCCCUUAAAUCAUUGUUUUGCUCAUGAAAUUUUAUUCACAGGGGCUGGUAUGUGGCCAUCCUGCCCAUACUGCAGCUUCGAAAACACAGAAAUUUUGACUUUGUAAAAUUCCCUUACGAUUAGAGGGAUGUUCCAGUAAAAUUUCUUGCUUAUGAAAUUUCUGUGAAAAUUCAUAGCAAUGAAAGUUUCUGUGAUGGUGAAAGUUAUGUUAAAGUAACGGAAAAACUGCAGAAUGUUUUCGAGUGCUACAUUUAACUUGUGAAAGCCGAAUUUUAUGUCCAAUGUAUUUUUAUAGGUUCAUUUCUGUUAUACAGUGCGUGAAAUUGAAGAUCUGAAGAAUAGAAUUGGGAAAAUGAUUUCCUUAAGUAUUUUGAAGCAUAGUAGCUGAAUCCAGUUCUUUUUGUUUUUUAUUUUGACUAAUUUUUGGAAUGAAUAUGUCUUUUGUAAAUGAGAAAAUUCAAUAUUUGAGUUUACCAGUAGAAUUUUUUUUCUUUUUGAUAAUGAAAUUUGAGAUACUAGAUUAUAGGAAAGGAAAAUUAUUUAAUAGAGGGUAGAUGAAAAAAAAAUUAUGCAUAAGUGGCACUUGCCUGAGGUAAGGAGUGUGUCUCAAAGGACAGUUUUUUUUUUAAUGUUUUUUUUUUAACAUCCUGCAGUUUGAAAAAGGAGGGAGUGAACGAGUGUUAGGGUGUAGUUGUGUGCCUCUAGGCUUUUUGAAACCAUGAAACUUAUAUUACUGUACUUUUUUAAGGAUACUAUAAUAGUUAUUUCUUAACUUUUGUAUAAGUGAAGGAACUAGCCUAAACUUAAUGAAAAAUAUUUAUUUUCUUUGUUCAGCCAAGAUGUUCAUAUCAGGUUCAGUGUCUCUUGAAUGUAUGUUCUUUUGCAAGAAUUUUGUUCAUCAUGGCUGGAUACCAGUGAACACGCUAGUAAACUGUGAUUGCGCA